AGCGUAGCUAGCUAAUAGCUAACAUGAUUAAUUUGGAAAAUAAUAAUAAUACAUUUUACAUCAGCUAUAUAUCCUAAAACUGUAUUUACUAGAAGAAGAUACAAAUUGAAAAACUGCAUUUUACAAGCUUCUUCCUCAUUCAGUGGGGUCAGAGUUCAGUAAAUAUUGGUGAUGUCAUGGUCUGAAGAUGGCUGAAGGAGAAAGCUGUGACGGUUGGUGGGGAGGAUGGCUUCAACAAAGCUUCCAGGCCGUUAAAGAUAAGUCAUCAGAAGCAUACGAAUUUAUAAAGCGUGACCUCACAGAGUUCUCCAACGUGGUGCAACAUGACGCUGCGUGCUCCAUCGUGGCCACAGCAAGCGCCGUUAGAAGCAAACUAGCGGUGGAGGGCUCCUCUGAUACCACAGAGAAGGUGAAGAAGAGCCUAUCCAGUUUCUUAGGAGUGAUAACAGACACCCUCGCUCCUCCCCAGGACAUGACCAUCGACUGUGAUGUCAUCACGCUAGUGGCAACUCCAGCAGGCACCACAGAGGUGUAUGACAGCACCAAGGCUCGUCUCUACAGUCUGCAGGCUGACCCUGCUACAUACUGCAAUGAGCCUGAUGGUUCCCUAGAGCAGUUUGAUGCGUGGCUCUCCAGCUUCAGCCUGGAGGAGAGGAAAGGAGAGAUCUCUGACCUCCUGGUCAACACACCCUCUAUCAGGGCCCUUUACACCAGAAUGGUGCCAGCAGCUGUAGCCCAUUCUGAAUUCUGGCAGCGGUAUUUCUACAAAGUCUUUCAGUUGGACCAGGAGGAGGCCAGGCGAGUGGCCUUGAAGCAGAGAGCAGAGCAGACUUCCCACACAGAGGCUCUGGGCUGGGAGGAGGAGGAGGAUGAAGAUGACUUCCUUGGCGCCACGUCUUCAUCUCGCCUGGACUUCACGCCCCCAUUGGACGACCCUGCUACCCAGCUGUCCCCACUUACACCAGUCACAAUGGCGACGACCCCACUCAGCCCCAUCCCGUCUCCGAGCGGGGAGCGCUCCUCUGCUCUCUCCCUGAGCAGCGACAGCGGCAGCCUGCCCACCCAGGUGGAGGUGAGACCAGCCAGGCCACAGCCUGCAGUCGUGGAGCUGUCCCAGAAACUCAACAAGGCCAGCCUGGAGGAGAAAGAGCCAGAGGGGCAGCAGGAGGAGGAGAAGAGGGUUCAGUUAGAGGCCCCAGCCCAGCCUGAGCCCACAGAGAAGGCUACAGCUGAGAGAUUAACAGUCCAGGCCCCAGCUACCACAGUCCAGGCCCCAGCUACCACCAUCAGACCAGAGACCGAGGGGCCCCAGGACCUGAGGGUGUUUGAGCUCAACUCUGACAGCGGGAAGUCUACACCUUCAAACAAUGGCAAGAAAGGGUCCAGCACAGAUGUCAGUGAGGACUGGGAGAAGGACUUUGAUCUGGACAUGACAGAAGACGAGGUCCAGAUGGUGCUCUCUAGAGUUGAGGCUACAGGAGAGCUGGAGGAGGACUGGGAGAACUGGAACUGAUGAUUGCUGUGGCGUACUGUUUCUAUCCCGCCAUUAAAGCGAAUUCUCGGCAGACGAACCAUGCUUAACGUGUUUUACCUCUGUCCACGCCGUCACCGUGUCACGUUUGUUCGUAGGGGAAUGUCCCUUUGGUUUGGACCAUGUUGCUGAAGGCGCUAGCAUAGCAAUGGCAAUCCAAGACAAUACGAUUAGAGCCAAGGCACCAUCAGCUGUCAGUUUGUGCAUAUAGGUUUCAAUGCUGAUUUACUCUUGUCUUUUUGGUUAUUUCUUGAAAGCUGCUCCCUCUCUAUCUUCUGAAAUGCCAUUAAGUACAUGUAAAUUGUUGCUAGUGAGCUUCUUCAAAGUUAUGAGUGGCGGGAAUUAUUACUUCACUUUUGGCUGAAGAAUAGCCAUUAAACUGUAACGCUGCCUAUCACCUUUCAUGAGAUGAAAUUCUUCAUGUGAUUUAUUGAAUGGUGAAUAUAUUGAUUUAAACUUUGAAAAAAGAAACUAACUCAUCUAUCUUAUGCAAGUGAAUAUUCAUAAGGGAACAUAUUUUGGCCUUUAUAGAGAGCAUUCAUUUUGGAUUCACUCCCAACCCCAGAUACAUAUGACCUUGACAGACGAUUGAUAGUGUGGUCAAGAUAUCCAAAUGUUUUGUCACACAUUUGCCAUUCUGUCUGUUUUCAUCCCUGCCCUGCUAAGUAAUUGACCUGAACAUAUCAGCUCUUCUGUGACCUCCAGGGGCCACGUUUCCGCUUUAUUUCCUGUCUCUGCUACAAUAAUCUAUUAUUCGAUCAGUCCAUGUCUAAUAUUAUUCUGGAUGGGUAAGGAUCUCAUUUAUUGUCAAUCGUCAAAAGAGAAGAUGAUAAUGACGCAAUAAAGAGGCUGCAAAAUG